GAGGCAAUAGGAGCUGGGGCGCGGUCUCCAUGUCCCCGAGGACCCUGGCCAGGCCCCCACACCCACACCCACUCAGCAGAGACUCAGCAGCACUCUUAAGUUGCACCGGCUGGAGUUCGGCUGGCCGUCUCUUAUCCACCUUUCUGCUCUGUCUGCUCCCGGAGGUGCAGAAAGGAAGGAGUUAAAUGGAAUCUGAAGGUACCGCUUGGUGGGUCACCUUGAUUCUCAGACUGGGUUCUUUCCCUUCUGCCAGAGGGAAGGAGACUGGGAACCAGGAGUGGGGGAGGGUGGGGACCCGGCAGGCCCCACCUCCAGGGCCACAGGAGCCGCCCAAGCUCAGAGGCUUGCACUGGCCUCAUGGCUGCCGACCCCAGCAGACGCCUCUGCCUGCUGCUGCUGCUGUUCCUGCUGCCCUGCCGCCUUGUGCCUGCCAGCACUGAUGGGAACUCCCUGAGUCCCCUGAACCCCCUGGUGUGGUUCUGGUCUGCCAAGACCACUGAUUCCUUGGAAGGCCCGGUCUCGCAACCCCACAUCAGUUCACCUGUGCAGUCCACAGAGAAUCCCACCACGCACGUGGUCCCCGAGGAUGGCCUCACAGAACAACAGACAACUGCCAGACCCAAGCUGCCCCCGGAGGAAGAGGAGGAGGAUCGGGAAGCUGACCAGGGUGACAGCCCUGCAACCCCUGCUGUCCCCAUUCCCCUGGUGGCCCCUGCUGCGAGCCCAGACAUGAAGGAGGAGAACGUUGCUGGCGUUGGAGCCAAGAUUCUGAAUGUGGCUCAGGGCAUUCGGAGCUUUGUCCAGCUGUGGGAUGAGGACUCCACCACUGAGCACUCUGCUGGGAUUGAGCCUUCAGAUUCCUUCAUCCCUACAGUCCUCCCCACUCCCCCUGAGUUCUCCAGUGCUCCCCAGGGCGGUAAGACCACUCUCUGGCUAAGCAGUGGUGCUCCAAGUUCGGCAGAUGCUCGGACAACCGAGGCUGGCUCGCUGGCUGUGCCCACCCAGCCAACUCUCUUCCAGAGCAGCCUCCAGGCACCACUGGGAAGACCCUCAGUGUCACCAGCAUCGCCAGGUAGAGCAUUUCUCUCUUCUACACGGAUCAGGGCUCCUCCCUGGGGGAAUCAAGAGCCCCCCAGGCAGUCCCAGCAUCCAGAGGGGAAAGGACUCUCACCUAAGGCAGCCAGGUCCAGCCAGCAGCACAGACACUCUUAUGUUCACUCUGACAUCCAUGGGUACACACCUCUUCUUCCCUCGGUGACGGGUCCUCUGGUGACGGGUCCUCUGGUGAUGGGUCCUCUGGUGACGGCUUCUCUGAACGUGCACGGUCUAUUCUCUGUUCCUUCCUCUGACCCUUCAGCCCGACUCUCUCAAAUAGAGGCUCUCCCUGGGUCCCCAGGUGCUUGGGCCUCCCACAUGGCUCCUUCUUCAGGGCCUGAGCUUUCUAACGACUCUGCCGUGGUGGGAAUUGACUCUCUGACCUCUAGCAGCCGCUGUCUGCCCCUGCCGCCCACUCUGGCCGUCUGCAGCCGCUUAGGGAUCGGACGCUUUUGGCUGCCUAAUCAUCUCCGCCAUACAGACAGCGCGGAGGUAGAGGCCACCGCACAGGCUUGGGGGCGCCUCCUCCGAACAAACUGCCACCCGUUCCUGGCCUGGUUCUUCUGUCUGCUGCUGGCUCCCUCGUGUGGCCCAGGCCCACCCCCUGCCUUGCCACCCUGCCGGCAGUUCUGCGAGGCCCUGGAGGACGAGUGUUGGGACUACCUAGCUGGGGACAGGCUGCCUGUCGUCUGUGCCUCUCUCCCGUCUCAGGAGGACGGGUACUGUGUGUUCAUUGGGCCAGCUGCAGAAAAUGUUGUUGAGGAGGUGGGGCUGCCGCAGCUCCUUGGAGACCCCCUGCCCCAGCAGAUCUCACAAACCGACGACCCUCACGUCGGGCCGGCCUACAUCUUUGGACCAGACUCCAACAGUGGCCAGGUGGCCCAUUAUCACUUCUCUAAACUCUACUUCCGAGACUUCUCGCUGCUGUUUCUUGUCCGGCCAGCCACAGAGGCCGCGGGGGUGCUGUUUGCCAUCACAGAUGCCGCCCAGGGGGUGGUCUCGCUAGGCGUGAAGCUCUCAGAGGUCCGAGAUGGACAGCAAAGCAUCUCAUUGCUCUACACGGAGCCUGGGGCCAGCCAGACCCAGACGGGAGCCAGCUUCCGCCUACCCGCGUUUGUUGGCCAGUGGACACACUUCGCGCUCAGUGUGGAUGGAGGCUCUGUGGCUCUCUACGUAGACUGUGAGGAGUUCCAGAGAGUUCCAUUUGCUCGGUCUUCACAGGGUCUGGAGCUAGAGCGUGACUCUGUCGUCUUUGUGGGCCAGGCUGGUGCAGCAGACCCUGACAAGUUCCAGGGGAUGAUCUCGGAGCUGAAGGUACGUCAGACCCCCCGGGUGAGCCCCGUGCACUGUCUGGAUGAAGAUGAUGAUGAUGAAGACCGGGCAUCUGGAGAUUUUGGAAGUGGCUUUGAAGAGAGCAGCAAAUCACACAGGGAGGAUACGUCUCUGCUAUCUGGGCUCCCCCUGCCACCUCCUGUCACUUCUCCACCCCUGGCUGGAGGCCGCACCACAGAAGAUUCUAGAACCAAAGAAAUGGAGGAAGAAGCCACGGUAGAUUCUAUAGGAGCUGAGACCCUUCCUGGCACGGAUUCAAGCGGUGCGUGGGAUGAGGGUGCCCAGAACCCUGGAGGUGGCUUGAUAAAGGGAGGACUGAAAGGACAAAAGGGAGAACCAGGUGCUCAGGGCCCACCUGGCCCAGCUGGGCCCCAGGGUCCUGCCGGUCCAGUGGUACAGAGCCCCAGCUCGCAACCUGUCCCUGGAGCACAAGGACCCCCGGGACCUCAGGGGCCACCAGGGAACGAUGGUAUUCCGGGAAAGGAUGGUGAACCGGGUGACCCUGGUGAAGACGGGAGACCGGGUGACACUGGACCUCAAGGCUUUCCAGGGACCCCAGGAGACGUGGGCCCUAAGGGUGAGAAGGGAGAUCCUGGUGUUGGACCUCGAGGACCUCCAGGGCCACCAGGGCCACCAGGACCCUCCUUCAGACAGGACAAGCUGACCUUCAUUGACAUGGAGGGAUCUGGUUUCAGCGGAGACCUAGAAAGCCUCAGAGGCCCACGAGGUUUCCCUGGCCCCCCAGGACCCCCUGGUGUCCCAGGACUACCUGGUGAGCCAGGCCGCUUUGGGGUCAACAGUUCCUAUGCACCGGGACCUGCAGGCCUUCCUGGUGUGCCUGGGAAGGAAGGACCCCCGGGUUUUCCUGGUCCCCAGGGACCUCCAGGUCCUCCGGGCAAAGAGGGCCCACCAGGAGCGGCCGGCCAGAAAGGCAGCGUUGGUGACGUGGGUAUCCCAGGACCCAAGGGGAGCAAAGGAGACCUUGGACCCAUCGGUAUGCCUGGAAAGUCUGGCUUGACUGGGCCCCCUGGGCCAGUUGGACCCCCAGGACCUCCCGGGCCUCCAGGGCCACCAGGACCGGGAUUUGCUGCUGGAUUCGAUGACAUGGAAGGCUCUGGAAUACCCCUCUGGUCAGCAUCUCGAAGCUCUGAUGGGCUGCAGGGACCUCCAGGCUUGCCGGGACUCAAGGGGGAUCCUGGAGUGACAGGGCCACCUGGAGCCAAGGGAGAAGUUGGAGCGGAUGGAGCCCAGGGCAUCCCUGGUUCCCCAGGAAGAGAAGGUGCAGCUGGGCCCCCGGGGCCAAAAGGAGAGAAAGGGAUUCAGGGAGAAAAGGGAAACCCAGGAAAAGAUGGAGUAGGGCAGCCUGGCCUCCCUGGCCCCCCAGGACCUCCAGGGCCUGUGAUCUACGUGUCCAACGAGGAAAGAGCUGUACUGAGCACUCCAGGACCUGAGGGCAAGCCAGGGUACGCAGGCUUUCCUGGACCUGCUGGACCGAAGGGUGACCUGGGUUCCAAAGGCGAGCAGGGUCUCCCGGGGCCCAAGGGUGAGAAGGGAGAACCAGGCAGUAUCUUUAGCUCUGAUGGCAGAGCCCUGGGCCACGCCCAGAAGGGAGCCAAGGGAGAACCAGGCUUCCGAGGACCCCCGGGUCCUUACGGACGACCUGGGCACAAGGGUGAAAUUGGCUUCCCUGGACGGCCGGGUCGUCCCGGAACGAAUGGCUUAAAGGGAGAGAAAGGGGAGCCCGGAGAUGCCAGCCUUGCAUUUGGCAUGAGGGGAAUGCCUGGCCCCCCUGGGCCUCCAGGUCCCCCAGGUCCUCCAGGGAUGCCCAUCUAUGACAGCAACGCAUUUGUGGAGUAUGGCCGAUCUGGACUACCAGGACAGCAAGGUGUGCCGGGGCCUUCAGGACCAAAGGGUGACAAAGGAGAGGUGGGCCCACCUGGGCCACCAGGGCAGUUCCCUAUUGACCUUUUCCACCUGGAGGCUGAAAUGAAGGGGGACAAGGGAGACCGAGGGGAUGUGGGACAGAAGGGAGAGAGGGGAGAACCUGGGGCUCCUGGCGGUGGAUUCUUCAGCUCAAGUGUACCUGGACCCCCUGGACCCCCUGGAUACCCUGGACUUCCGGGUCCAAAGGGAGAGAGCAUUCGGGGCCCACCUGGCCCUCCUGGCCCUCAGGGACCUCCUGGCAUUGGCUAUGAGGGGCGCCAGGGACCCCCAGGACCCCCAGGACCCCCCGGCCCUCCCUCCUUCCCUGGUCCUCAUAGACAGACUGUCAGUGUUCCUGGUCCUCCGGGCCCACCUGGCCCCCCAGGUCCCCCAGGAGCCAUGGGUGCCUCUGCCGGGCAGGUGAGGAUCUGGGCCACCUACCAGACCAUGCUCGACAAGAUACGCGAGGUGCCUGAGGGUUGGCUCAUCUUUGUGGCCGAGAAGGAAGAACUCUAUGUUCGCGUUAGAAAUGGCUUCCGGAAGGUGCUGCUGGAGGCCCGGACAGCCCUCCCGCAUGGGACGGGCAAUGAGGUCGCUGCCUUGCAACCACCAUUGGUACAGCUUCAUGAGAGCAGCCCGUAUACCCGGAGGGAGCACUCCUAUUCCACGGCACGACCCUGGCGAGCAGACGACAUCUUGGCCAACCCACCACGCCUGCCAGACCGCCAGCCUUACCCUGGCGUUCCACACCACCACGGUUCUUACGUGCACCCGCCACCAGCGCGCCCCACCACCUCACCUGCCCAUACUCACCAGGACUUUCAGCCAGUGCUCCACCUGGUGGCCCUGAACACCCCUCUGUCUGGAGGCAUGCGUGGUAUUCGUGGGGCAGAUUUCCAAUGCUUUCAGCAAGCCCGAGCCGUGGGGCUGUCUGGCACCUUCCGGGCCUUUCUGUCCUCUCGGCUGCAGGACCUCUACAGCAUCGUGCGCCGUGCUGACCGAGGGUCCGUGCCCAUCGUCAACCUGAAGGACGAGGUGCUAUUUCCCAGCUGGGACACCCUGUUUACUGGCUCCCAGGGUCAACUGCAACCUGGGGCCCGCAUCUUUUCCUUCGACGGCAGAGAUGUCCUGAGACACCCAGCCUGGCCGCAGAAGAGCGUAUGGCACGGUUCAGACCCCAGUGGGCGCAGGCUGAUGGAAAGUUACUGUGAGACAUGGAGGACUGAAGCGACAGGGGCUACGGGUCAGGCCUCCUCCCUGCUGUCAGGCAGGCUCCUGGAACAGAAGGCUGCGAGCUGCCACAACAGCUACAUCGUCCUGUGCAUUGAGAAUAGCUUCAUGACCUCUUUCUCCAAAUAGGGCCUCUGCCAGCUAGGAUGGCGGACGGAGGUGCUGCAGAACUUUUGACACAGUGCGGGGAGCACCCAGCCAGCACCCAGGGCCUGGCUGGGAUACGCUCCCGUAGAGUUCCCAUCUUAUGUAAUCCUCAAGAAAUAAAAGGAAGCCAAAGAGUAUAUUUUUUUAAAACAGACUUCCUGCCCUUCCUCCCCCCCACUUGAACUGGCCAGCCAGUAUCACAGUCCCUUCUUCCUCCACGCUUGGUAGAGAGCUUCCUGGCGAAGUCGGAUCAUAGCUGGGUCCCCGCGAGAGGCUGACGACUACAGUUGCUGCCUAAGACCUGCAGACGUUCACUAGCCUGGCGCCUUUCUGUGCAGACUGUUCAGAGAGCAGUCACAUGCACGCAUGUGCUGGGGACAGCGCAGGGCAGGCAGUGCAGGAUCCUCCCUCACUGCCCGGUGGCUGUGCCAGUUGUCCAGGUGGGCACCUGCUCAUCUAGGUGGUAACUGGGUCUAUACACACUUGACAGCGCUCCUGUCUCCCCCACUCUCCUGCAACCACACUCCCUGCCAGAGCAGGUUUCCGAGCUCAGUACUCACUGUGACCCCACAUCUGACCCUGUCCCCUGUCACCGUGGGCAGAGGCCAGACUUAGCCAGCGUGCUCAUUUUUUUUUCCAAGGGCCAGUAUGACAUGGGGCCCAUCCUCAGGUUUGUCUCUCAGACUGGCCUCUCUGGUGACUCCCUGAGACCCUGUCCAGAGCAAAACCCAACCCCAGCCAAGCCCGAGCGCCAGGGCAAGGCAACACCGUGCUCAUCAGCUUGACUCCACAAAUCCCGCAGCAGUUGCCCAAAGCACUUGUCCUAUGGAGGGACGUGUGUGCUCAGGGUCACAAAUGGCUAAUCAAAGCCACCGUGCCUGUCUCAGGCUCUGCUGUCCGAGGAAUGGGACAAUCCAGUGGGUCUGGGUCUGUGACAAUGUGUGAUAUGAAGCCAUUUCCCAGAGGCACCAAAUAAAAAUGACCUUUUAUACA